UAAACUAAAAGUGCUCUUAUUAGACAUAUUGAUUUUUAUCGUUUACACAAGUUAAUAAUUUUAAAAAAAAUGUACAGACGAUAAUGGUGGCGCAGGUUGAAGAAGAAAUAAACCAUCUAGAAAAGGAGGUGGAGGAGUCUGCCCGUGAUCCGAAACCGAAUUUGGAAAAAGAAAUAAACCAUCUAGAAAAGGAGGUGGAGGAGUCUGCCCGUGAUCCGAAACCGAAUUUGGAAAAAGAAAUAAACCAUCUAGAAAAGGAGGUGGAGGAGUCUGCCCGUGAUCCGAAACCGAAUUUGGAAAAAGAAAUAAACCAUCUAGAAAAGGAGGUGGAGGAGUCUGCCCGUGAUCCGAAACCGAAUUUGGAAAAAGAAAUAAACCAUCUAGAAAAGGAGGUGGAGGAGUCUGCCCGUGAUCCGAAACCGAAUUUGGAAGAAGAAAUAAACCAUCUAGAAAAGGAGGUGGAGGAGUCUGCCCGUGAUCCGAAACCGAAUUUGGAAAAAGAAAUAAACCAUCUAGAAAAGGAGGUGGAGGAGUCUGCCCGUGAUCCGAAACCGAAUUUGGAAAAAGAAAUAAACCAUCUAGAAAAGGAGGUGGAGGAGUCUGCCCGUGAUCCGAAACCGAAUUUGGAAAAAGAAAUAAACCAUCUAGAAAAGGAGGUGGAGGAGUCUGCCCGUGAUCCGAAACCGAAUUUGGAAAAAGAAAUAAACCAUCUAGAAAAGGAGGUGGAGGAGUCUGCCCGUGAUCCGAAACCGAAUUUGGAAAAAGAAAUAAACCAUCUAGAAAAGGAGGUGGAGGAGUCUGCCCGUGAUCCGAAACCGAAUUUGGAAGAAGAAAUAAACCAUCUAGAAAAGGAGGUGGAGGAGUCUGCCCGUGAUCCGAAACCGAAUUUGGAAGAAGAAAUAAACCAUCUAGAAAAGGAGGUGGAGGAGUCUGCCCCUGGUCCAAGGCCGGAAUUGAGAAGAUUGAUGGAAAGGAUGGUUGCAGAAGAAAAAAGAAAACAUGCUUGUAUGCGUUGUGGGCAGUUAGGGCACCUCGGUGCUCAGUGCUCGUUGCCGUGGAGGGAGUCCAAUGAAACGGCAGAAGAACGUGAGGCGAGAUUACCAAAAAAACGCCGUCGCCAUCGCCGUAGGCACUGACGAGAUGGCAGUUUGCUGUGGUCGGGUUCUUCAAUAAAAACAGAUGGAAAACCAGAUCUUGGAGUACCUAAGCCAAUCUAUGACUUAGCGAAACCGCCGUAUAUUCUAUAAUAAUUAU